GGCCGGAGCAGAGCCUGAAGCUCGCCACUGGCCUCCCGAGCCCAGCGCGUCGCCUCCCGGCCGGAGGACGUGAAGGAGAAGGAGGAGGAGGCGCCGCCUUCUCCUUGCCGCGCGCCCUCGCUGUUGUCUGCGCUCCGCUCUGGACCAGUUUGGGGAAGUUGCCGGAGCCCCGUGUCGCCCAGAUGUGCGACCUCAUUGAACCUCAGCCGGCCGAGAAGAUCGGCAAGAUGAAGAAGUUGCGGAGAACUUUGUCGGAGAGUUUCAGCCGCAUCGCUUUGAAGAAAGACGAUACCACCUUUGAUGAGAUAUGUGUCACAAAGAUGUCUACACGGAACUGCCAGGGAAUGGACUCAGUGAUCAAACCCCUGGACACAAUUCCUGAGGAUAAGAAAGUCAGGGUUCAGAGGACACAGAGCACUUUUGACCCAUUUGAGAAACCAGCUAAUCAAGUAAAGAGGGUGCAUUCCGAGAACAAUGCAUGCAUUAACUUUAAGUCCUCCUCCGCUGGCAAAGAAUCACCAAAAGUUAGGCGGCACUCCAGCCCCAGCUCGCCAACAAGUCCCAAAUUUGGAAAAGCUGACUCUUACGAGAAACUGGAAAAACUAGGGGAAGGAUCUUAUGCUACAGUUUACAAAGGGAAAAGCAAAGUAAAUGGGAAGUUGGUAGCCCUGAAGGUGAUCAGGCUGCAAGAAGAAGAAGGUACACCUUUUACAGCUAUCAGGGAAGCCUCUCUGUUAAAAGGACUAAAACAUGCUAACAUAGUGCUGCUUCAUGACAUCAUCCACACCAAGGAAACGCUGACACUUGUGUUUGAAUAUGUGCACACUGAUUUAUGUCAGUACAUGGACAAGCACCCUGGGGGGCUACAUCCAGAUAAUGUGAAGUUGUUUUUGUUUCAGUUGCUGCGAGGGCUGUCUUACAUCCACCAGCGUUAUAUUCUGCACAGAGACCUGAAACCACAGAACCUUCUGAUCAGUGACACGGGGGAGUUAAAGCUGGCAGAUUUCGGUCUUGCAAGAGCAAAAUCUGUCCCUAGCCACACAUACUCCAAUGAAGUGGUUACCUUGUGGUACAGACCUCCAGAUGUCCUCCUGGGCUCGACGGAAUAUUCCACCUGCCUUGACAUGUGGGGUGUCGGCUGCAUCUUUGUUGAAAUGAUCCAAGGAGUUGCUGCUUUUCCAGGAAUGAAAGACAUUCAGGAUCAACUUGAACGAAUAUUUCUGGUUCUUGGAACACCAAAUGAGGACACGUGGCCUGGAGUUCAUUCUUUACCACAUUUUAAGCCAGAACGCUUUACCCUGUACAGCUCUAAAAACCUUAGGCAAGCGUGGAAUAAGCUCAGCUAUGUGAAUUAUGCAGAGGAUCUGGCCUCCAAGCUCUUACAAUGUUCCCCAAAGAACAGGCUAUCAGCACAGGCUGCCUUGAACCACGAGUAUUUUAGUGACCUGCCCCCACGGCUAUGGGAACUGACCGACAUGUCUUCUAUUUUUACCGUCCCAAAUGUAAGACUGCAGCCAGAAGCUGGAGAAAGCAUGCGGGCCUUUGGGAAAAACAAUAGUUAUGGCAAAAGUCUAUCAAAUAGCAAGCACUGAUGAGCACAACCUUCUCAAGAGAGCACAGGAUUAAGUUGUCGUCAUUCUGGGAAGAAAAAAAAAAUACAUUAAUGAAGUGGCCAAUAAUACGAAGGGAAUCACGGAUCAGUUUCCUUCCCCUCCCUGUGGUGGAUUUCACUUACAAGAAAAUUGAAGCUGGCAAGACCCUGUUUUCUCUGCAAUUUAUUUAAAACCUUGCACGCAUUUGGAUACCUUGUGAUUUCCAAGAACUAUGUGAAGAUUAAGCUUUGCUUACUGAUACAUGGCAUGUAUUCUUUUCAGUCUUUUGUGUUUGAUUUUGUUUGAUUUCCCUCUGCAGCGCAGCGUCUCUGUAAAGGUUUUUAUGCUUUCACCAGCCAUGUCUUAAAUACAUUAAGACAACACAUUUGGUGUUCACACUUCUUCAGCAACGUCUGUACUUGAAAGCCACAUAGUGGCAUAAAGCAAUGUGUGUUUUCUUUGAGAGCAGUGUACAUUUUGCAACCACUAGGAAGGAAAUUUUUAGCUACAGCAAGCCCGUGUUCUCAGGCUGACUUGACAACUUGGUCCCUGGCUGCGGGGCCCCACUUGUCACUUAACUUUUGAGGACAUUUGCAAAUGUGGUUUUUUCUUGGAAAUAACUGCACGUGUAUAUAGGAUAUUGGAAUCUGCUUAGCAUUUUUAAACCACAUAGCAUGACUGUUUUCCAAGUAGGUUGGAAGUAAAGAAACAAAUAUCAAGCAUUAAGAACAAAGACAGGGAUAAAUUGCUUACUUUUCAACCUCUGGAAAUGGAGGUGACCUUUUACAUGUUUUCUGGGUCUUGUCAACCUCUUAUAUUUUCCACCCACUCUGUUAUGCUUCAGGAGUGUUCUAAAUGGAGGAGAAAAGAAUGAGGAACAGAAUGCUUAAAGCCUGGGUACACGAGAAUUGUCUCUGUUGGAUGAGGCCUGAAAGCCAUCUUUUCUAGUUAACAGUUAAAAAAGUGAAUUACGAAGUUAUCCAGAGUGAAAAAUUUGCUCAUUUACACCAAAUUUGCUCAUUUACACUUUUUGAAACAUUCCAAGCUGAUUGGAAGACGCCAUUGGGGACCUUAACUUUUAACAGUCCCCUGGAAAAACCUUUCGAGCACAGGCUGUAGAAACCAUGUGGGUGUCUUGCUUUCAAGAUGGCAAGGGAAGAGGAAAGACCCAGCUUCCCUUGUUAGGAGGAGGAGGGACCUUGAAGGAUGAAGGCACGUUUGACAAGGAGGGCAAAGUGGACUGGGCACGCGUUGUGCUCUGACGGGUAGGGAGAGCGGGCUGAGGCAGGCCCUCCCCAGUGGGGCCGGCCUCCCUGCAUAGCCCCAAAUAAUACUGAGGCCGGGGGGCACCUAGGAAACUUCAUCUAGAGCAUGAAACGUCGCCCCUCAGAACAGCAAUUCCUACGGAAAUACUUUCAUGUACAUCGUUCUACCUUUUCCUAUUGGUCAGAAAGAAGGAGAGACUGAGGACUUGCAAUGCAUCGCACUUUUUUAGGAUUGAGACUAGGAAUUAUGAGCCAGUUUGACAAAGACAUGCUCUGAGAGUCAUGUGAGGGAAGAGGUUCUCUACCGUCAAAGCCAGUAUUCUAGGAAAUUGGACCCAGAACUUCUAAGCGUUAAAAGGGUACCUUUCCUGGAGUGGGGAGGGGGCGUGUGCCGAGGUCACAAUCCAGCCUGUUCAGAAGUAGCAUUCAUUGAAGCCUCUAGGUGCAAAGCAAGGAAUUAUUUGCUAAUUAAUUUUAAAGAAAGCCAAAAGUUACCCAAGGCUAGAAUGUUUACUAGUUGCUACCUAGAAACCUUUCCCAUUCUUUUUCGGACAUUCCAACCCAUUGGAAAUCUUCAGUGGAAAUUAGGAUUCCUUAAGAUAAAUAUGGGGAGAAGAUUUUACAUGCAAUCAAGAACGGCCUUGCCUGUGGUUUGUUUUGAAUUAUUUAUUUGGGGGAAAGGCAGAACUUUUGUAUUUUACUAACUUUAAAUCAAGAGCAGCUGAUGAUUAAAUCUUGCUAUUUAAUAAGCUUUCUAAUUUGAACAUUUGAAGAUAUUUAAUAUUAAAAAAGACUUCAGUUAGGAAUGUUAGCAUCAUUCAGAGAUACAUAUACCCCUGUCAUAGGCAGCUUCUCUCGGGAACUGAAGCAUAAUGCUACUCCGUGUGGGGGGAUACCUGUUUUUUACAGAGACCUAUGUCUCAGAAGGUCUCGUUUAGGAGGUUUGUAGUUCCCCAUCCUUGUUAUCAGUACAGGAAAUCCAAAGUUUGCUUUGUCUCUUUCCCCUUUUCUCUCCUACUGGCGAUCCAUCCUCCCUCCUCCUCUCUCCCCACCGCCUUCCACCAAGGGCAGCCACAAAAAUCAUUACAGAAUGUGUUCAUUAGCAGAUUUAUUAUUCUGUUGAGAAAGCACUGGAAUGUUUUGCAAGAUUAUUUUUAUAUGAAGGAUUAGCUUGAAUUCAUACAGCUGGAGUAGCAGGGACACGUUAGCACAGCGCUGGCAGCAGGGCAGCCUCACUACACAUACAGGAUUCUGAAAGAAAAAUUGGGACUUCAUUUCCUUAAAGGAACAGUUUGGUUGACUUAAAAAUGCAAGAUACGUAGGACAUGGACAAAUGUUUUGCAGUACUUAAAGAAAAUCAAAACAAGGGGCAUAAGGCAGGGGUGGCUGUCCAUCCACUGAUUAUGAGGGUGAGAAGCUAUUUCUACCUCCCACCAGUGAUGAGAAAAGUUUCCGGGGUAGCCUCCAGGUUUGCAGAGAAAGCACAGCCUCUUGAUGUCCCUUCCUCAGUGUGUACACGACAGCCAGUGUAACUAACGCCCUAGCUUGUGUGUCUGUAUAAGAGACCCAUUGUGAACAAUACCGGUUUUGUAAUCUUUGUUACGUAAGAGGAUGUUUAGGCUGUACAUACUGGGGUAGAUUAUUGCCUGCCCCCAUAUACAUAGGGUAUGCUGCGUAAUUGCACAUAACUUUUAUCUCUCUUACUGGCUUAUAGGCAGAGGAAACCGUAUAUGUUACUGCCUUGCAAUUUUCUCAUACACCAAAAACAACCAAAAAAAGUCUCAAGUAAAAUAAGCAAUCUCCUAUUUUCAUUCCCCUUCCCACAGCAGCAUAUUUUAGAGGCACACGCAAAAUCGACAUUCUCUAGUUGGAAGUGGAUUUUUUAAAUUUUUCUUUUAUCUUUUUUUUUGUAUGAUACACUGAGAUGUGUACUUUCUAGCAGGAGGUCAGUACCUAAGAAAUGUGUUAGCAUCAUUCAGAAAACUAUUAUACUCCAAAAUGAAACAUAGUAAGGAGAAUGGAAUAAUACAUGUUGCAUAUUUGUUACCAAGUGUAAUUUGUCUGUAUUAUGAAAGGUGUAAUGGUUUGUCAGUUGUCACUGUUGUUUUCUUGUAACAUGAUAUGGAAUAAAGUGUAGCAGAACCUCUGUA